UACACCUUUUGUGACUAAUUUUGCAAGUUUCUGUAGCAUAAAGUUCAUAGUAUGCUAACGUAUGCAUGCACAUAAAUACAUAUGCGCAUAAAUCGCAAUGUACAUACGUACAACUAUUUAUCCGAAAGUCGGGUUCUGAGAUUGUGGAAUACGUAUGUAAAUCACUCUGGAUCUGGAUAAUAUUUACUGAUUGGAAAUUUGACUUGGGAAGAUGAGAUUCAGGAUUUGAGUAUUCUUACGAGAGUAAUCUUGGAACUAGCCUCGUUUGGUCCAGGGAUUAGUUAAUGGAGCUGCCAUAAAUUGUGAAUAUUUUCACCUGAAAUGUGAGCCAUUCGAUAUGACAAACGAUAAAUAAAUACUAAACUAAUGUCUACCUACAUUCAAGACCAGUACCAUUCACAUUUUCCCAUUUUUGUGAUAUAAAUAUAAAUAUGUAGCAUCCUUACGUCAACGUGAAACCAAUGUGAUAUCGAUUUAUAUACUGUCGUACCAUUACGUAUCAAAUUCUAUGUAAAGAUAAAAAUUGAAAUUCAAUAUGAAUUUCUUAAAUGUCAUAAAAGAUAUAUGACAUAUGUAUCUGACCUUGCAUAUGUAUGUAUGUAAUGUAUUGUCCAUCAUCAUAUACCCAUAUUGAUCGCUUUAAUGAAAUUAGAACCGUUAAUUUUCCAACGUUUUGAGUUAGCAGUAGUUGACAAUUCUUGGCAUUGUAGAUCUCUACGAUUGAUAUGUUAUAUAAAAUUUGGUUAAUAUUAACUUGCGAAAAUAGUUUUCAAGAUGGAAUCAUACAGAAACGUCUGGGCAUAACCGACCAAUCGUUAGUCAAACAUAAAGGAAUCAUUGGUGGACCCUUCACAUGGUCAAAUAAGCGGAAACGUAUCGUUCAAAUUUCGAAUCCUCGAAAAUUUAUAUAUCACUACAAGUGCCUCUUGUUUUACGUGGCCGUUCUCUCAAUUAAAGCAAUCUUUCACCAUCACUUUAGCCAGCUUGUACCUCUAAAACUUGUGAUAAUGCAUCUUUAUACUGCCAUAACACACACCAUAAUUCUUACCGUGCCAUACCUCGAUCCCAGGAAAUGUGUCCAGUGCUUUAAUAGCUUCCUAUAUUUCUGUCUCAAAUUCAAAGCUAAAAAUCUCCCAAGAUUAAACAUGAACACCGACCAAAUGUCCAGGAACAUGACCAAAUUCAUCCUAGCUUUCACACUGGCAUUUGGAAAUGUCCCUAGUUUUGUAAUUAUUCACUACCUUCACGAACCGGCGGAUUCGCCAUUCUUUACUUCAAUGAUACCUCAAAAUUACAGAAACAGACUGAUUACCUUUUUCAUCGGCUUGAUUCACUUUUAUGGCUAUUGGUUUGUUCAUGCCUAUCUUCUUGCAGCUGCACAAAUCUUGAUUUGCUAUGUUUUCGUAAUUACUCCAAUCAUUAGGAAAGAUUUGCGAUUUGGGCUGAUAAAUUACAGGAGCAGUUGGAGAUUGCGGACUGUAGGAAAUCUUCCGAUAGCAUACAGAAGCGUGGAAAUUCUUCAUCAUGCAAUGAUGAAAACCUUUGGCCCUCUAAUUCUCCCGAUCCAAGCAAUCCUGGGAAAUGGGACGCUGUUAGUGUCAUACACAGUUAUUCGACACUGGAACAACCUCCAACCAGCACAAUCAUUCAUGCUUGUAUUAAUUGUAUUGAUUGUGCUCACGUUUUGGGUAGUGGCUCUUCAGACUGGGUGCUACUUUUACAAAGAAUCGAGCAAAACGUUGACAUCAUGGAGUUGCAACGGUCGAUCAAAAAUGCAUUUCAAUUACAUCAAAAAAUUCAAAAAGUCGUGCAAACCAUUAAUAUGUAAUUGGGUAUGAGGGACUUUUCUGGACACAUAAAGUUACGAAAUUAUCUAUUUUAAGAUUUUUAACAGGCGUGGUUCGCGGUUUGAUGAGAGUUUUGGUAGCGUUAAGUAAACAUGCAUAAUUUAGAAAUAGUAAUUAAUUAGCCAUAUUUAUAAUUCAUUGAGUUUGUGUAUAUAUUGUAGCAAUUGUGUUGAAAAUAUUUCUGAUUAUUGUGUAGCAAGUCUGGAAAUGUAGAUAUGAAUUGGUAAAUGAUUCACCAUCACAUGAUGACCGCACAAAUUAAUGAAAUAAGUCAUAUUAAUAAAUGACCCAAAUGUGACCUCCAUAAUUUCGUAUUAUCAUCAUCCUCAUAUGAAUAAAUACUACAUAG